AGACCCCACUUCUCUUCAACUGUAACGUUUUUGGGCUAAUAUUACGUAAAGGGGUGAAAAAAAAAAGAAAAAAAUGGAUAUCGACGAAUUCCGCGAGCGCGGCAAAGAGAUGAUAGACUACAUCUGCGAGUUUGUUAGCACUAUAAAGGAUCGGAGGGUCACACCGGACCUCGAGCCGGGAUUCCUUAAACCAAUGCUGCCGUCCGAGGCACCCAUGGACCCGGAAUCAUGGGACGACAUCAUGAAGGAUGUAGAGAAUAAAAUUGUACCAGGGCUUGUGUUCUGGCAGCACCCACAUUUCCAUGCGUACUUUCCAACAGGCAACUCAUUUCCUUCCCUCCUUGGUGACAUUCUGUGUGAUGCCAUGGGAUGCAUAGGAUUCUCUUGGGCAUCCUCGCCCUCCUGUACGGAGUUGGAGACAAUAGUCCUCGACUGGUAUGGUAAGUUUGAUUUUCAUUUCCUAAUUACUACCGCCACUAUCAUCAUACAGGGCUCGGCGUCGGACUGCAUCUUCGUAGCUAUGGUGGCAGCCCGCGAUCAUACCAUAGCUCGGCUAAAAGAAAAGCCAGAGUACGCGCACCUCGACGAGACGGCACUGCUGGGCAAGCUUGUGGCCUACUGCAGCACCCAAAGCCACAGCUGCGUCGAAAAGGGCGCGAGGGUUAGCUUCUUCACGCUCCGUCUUUUGGAACCCGAUGAGCACAGCUCGCUUCGCGGUGCAACUUUGGAACAGGCUAUUGAAGCCGACGUGGCAGCAGGCCUCAUUCCCUUCUUCGUGUCCACUACCUUGGGUACGACCGGCAGCUGCGCAUUCGACAAACUUACGGAGAUUGGACCAGUUUGCAGAAAGUACGAAGGGAUCUGGUUUCACGUGGACGGAGCGUAUGGAGGUAGCUCGUUCAUCUGCCCAGAGUUCAGGUACCUGAUGGCCGGACUCGAGUACGCGGACUCGUUCAACACCAACCCGAACAAGUUCAUGUUGACCAACUUCGAUUGCUCUUGUCUGUGGGUGCGGGACAGGACGAAAGUGAUUAAAGCCCUGGUAGUCGACCCGAUUUAUCUGGAGCAUCCAAACGAAGAAUCAGCCAUUGACUACAGGAACUGGAGUCUGCCACUGAGUCGACGAUUCCGGUCGCUCAAGUUGUGGUUUGUCAUGAGAAAUUACGGCAUAUCGGGUCUGCAGGCCUACAUUCGUAAUCACGUGAAGCUUGCCAAGCAUUUCGAAGCGCUCGUUAAAAAAGACUCGAGGUUCGAAGUCGUCAACGAUGUGCUGUUAGGUUUGGUCUGUUUCCGAGUCAAGGGAACCGACGAUUUCAAUAAAGAGUUUUUGCUGAACAUCAACGAUUCUGGUAAAUUGCACAUGGUACCCGCUGUGAUCAAUGGUCAGUAUAUAAUUCGAUUCUGCGUCACCACACCACAUGCAACGGCUGAAGAUGUCGGUAAGAUUGACAAUUUAUUUAUUACACUCACGAAUUUCACACAUAUUUCAUUAUACUGCCCAAGGCACCAGGCCAAAGACUUCAAAAAAUUAUGA